AUGAAGAAAAAACUCUUUUUAAAAAGAUUUUUAAAUAUAGAAAAAAGGUUUUUUUUCAAUACCCAUAAAAAAGAACAGGUUAAUAAAAUUAUAUUUGAAUAUUUUUAUAUAGAGCAAAAAAUACAUAAGAUUAUUGAUGAAAAUGAAAUAAGAAGUUUAUUAAUAUUGGAUAAAAGUAAUUAUAAUAUAAAUGGAGACAUUUCUAUAAAUAAACAAAAAUUAAAUGAAAAUUUUAUAAAUGAACAAAAACUGGAAGACAAUAUAAAUAAUGAAACAUUUAAUGAAAAUUUAAAGCAUAUUAUAAGUAAGCAUAUUAGUAAUUAUAUAAAUAGUAGUAAGUAUUUUACUCAUCUAUGUGUUUUUUACAUAUAUAAUAAUGAAAAAAAAAAGUUUUUCGAGCUAAUGAAGAAUUUCAACAAUUAUUGUUUUGGUUAUGAGGAUUUAUUUAUACUGUUUUAUUUAAUUUGUAAAAUAAAUUAUAAAGAUAUGUAUGUUAUUAGAAAUAUAUUAAAUGUUUUUGAAAUUUAUUAUUAUAAAAUUAAUAACUCCUUUUCAUAUUCCAUUUCUAAUUUAUUUUUUUAUCCAUAUAAUAAUUUAUACACAGCUGUUAACAAUUUGCCAUUAUUUUAUAAAAUAAAAUUAAUUAAUGUUAAUAAACACUACAAAAAAAAUAGUAUUUUGCAAUCACAUAUAAGCAAAAGCAUUUUAGAAAAAAAAAAGGAAAAUGAUUCAAUUAAUGAAUUUGAAAAAGAAAGGGAUACCAAAAGAAAAAGCAUUAACAAUGAAAAUAAUAUAAGUAUAGAGGAAAAGGAAAAUGGUGAAAAUUUUGAGAAUAUUCCUAACCAAAAUGAAAAUGUAAAGAUUGAAGAAAAAAGAGAUUUUUUGAGAAAAGUAGAUGAAACUGAAUCUGAAAAUGUAUUAGAAAAUUUGCAAGAUGUAGAUAUGGAAAAGUAUGAAAAAAUUAUAUCAAAAAAUAGCGUUAAAUUUAUCAAUCUAAAUAUUAAAAAUGAAAAAAAGAAUAUUCAGAACAAAGAAAGGAAAUAUGAAGGCUUAAAAUUAAAAAGUUUAUUAUUGUUACAGAUAAAAAAUGAAGUAGAAAAAAAGAGAAUAGAUGAAAACUUUUUGGAAUUAAAAGAAGUACUAACUAUAUUUAUUUAUGAUAAAGAAUUAGCUGGAAAAAAUUAUUAUAUAAAAGAUUUUGUUAAUUUUAUAAUAAAUUAUUUUAUAACACAUAGUAAUAUGUUGUCAACUAACGUUUUAACUCUUCUUGUAUUUAUGCAGAAAACAAACUAUUAUUAUAAUAAAAAACUAAACAGUAGUAUUGAAAAUAUAUUAACUAAUUACAUAAAAAGUAUGAAUUUAUCUGAACAAGAUAUAUAUAAUUUUAUAAAUAAGAAAAUUAAAUCAUUACAGGAUAAUAUAAAAAUGGAGAAUAAAGAAAAUGAAAAAAAUUUUAAUAUAUUAGAUUUCCUGUUUGAUCAACAAUAUACUUAUAAUUUUAUAUUGUUUGAAGAUAAUAUAUUUUAUGAAAACAAAUUUCAAUAUGUAACCAAUAAAUUAUUAAAAAAUUAUUUUUUCCUAAUAAGUUAUAUCCUAAGAUUACCGUUCUUAAAGCUGUAUAUUUUAAAGUCAUACCUAAAUUCUUUUAAUAUGUUUAUAAACAUAUUUAUAAAUAAUAAAAAUAUUUUUUCAUAUUUUGAUAUUAGGGAAAUUUCAUUUAUUUGCACGUGUUUUUUAAAAAGAAAAAUUAUUGAAGUAGAAAUAAUUAAUAAGUUAUUUAUUUUAUUAGAUUACAAAAUUAAUAAUUUCAAAAAAUUGCUUCAGAAAAGUGAUAAUUCAGAUAUAAAGCAUAACAAAUGCGAAGAAGCUAAUGAAAAUGUCCCUUUUCAUAUUAAUGAUAUUCUUAUUUUCCUUCAUUUUUUAUACUACUAUAAUUUAAAAUUUGAAGACUUGUAUAAAAAUAUUAUUAUGAUGUGCUUCAACAAUUUUCACUUUUUAAAUAAUACACAAAAACUGAUAUUUUUUAAUAGUGUAGAAGGGAUGAAAAAAAGGAAUAAUAUGAAUGAACAACUUGUAUUAGAUUACUUUAUGUAUGAUCGGAAUUUACAACUUUUUUUAAAUCAAAAUAAAAAUAUUCAAAAAGACUCUUUAGGUUUUUUGUUUUAUUAA